CGGGCGAUGGCGGCGGCUGCGGGGCCGGGCCGGGGCCGAGCGCUGGGCCCGCGGGGUCGGGGCAGCCGGACCCUCCUCCCGGGGCCUCCCGAGGCCGGGCCCCGCGGGUCUGCCCCGCACCGCGGGUCUGCCCCGCACCGCGGCUCCUCGGCCGGGCGGGGAGAGGCGCGGGGCCGGGCCCGGGGCGCUGUCGGAGGCCUGGUCCCGCUCGUGCCUUCCCGGCCGGCGUGUCUGGGCCCUGGCGAGGAGGUGUCUUUGUGGCUACAGAAAAUGAAUGGGAAUGAGCUUCUCCUACAGCACAAAGAGAGUGCAGUUGGUGCCUUGUAUGAGAUGGUAGAAGGCAGUGGAGCCUCAGGCAGGGAUCUUUCUUUGCUGAUAGAGGAUAUGAAGGAGAAGGAAUCAGCAUAUAAAGCAGAAGCUAAAACUCUACAGGGCAUUCUGAAGGAAGGCCUGGGCCUUUCCCUCUCUAGUCUGUCCAAAGAAGCCAGCAACAGUCUGGAUGUCCUGGUGAGCAGUGCAUUGGCACUUGAAACCAAGGACACUUCUCUUACCAGCUUCUUCAGUGCCAUCAACGAUAGGACUUUGGAGCUGUAUGCAACAGAAGCAAAAAACAAGGAAAUGGAACUGGAAGUGAGCAAGAUGAGGGAAAAACUGACUGCAGUGCUGCUGCUGGAGGAGCGUUUAAAGGAGGAUAUUAAAAAAACAGAAGAACACCUGGACAUAGAAGAAGUCAAAGCUGACAACCGAGAGCAUAACUUGGACUUCUUGAGCAGGAAAUCUGUGGAUAUUGGCAGCAGGAUCAGGGCUGCUGAGGAGCAGAUCACUGCUACAGGAUUGGACCGGUCGCUGACACAUGAGGCCCUCAUGAACCUGUCUGAGAAAGUGGCUGGACUGCAGCAAGAAACUGCCUCUUUGCAGAAGAAACUGGAGUCUUACCUAAAUUUACCUCCUGGAUUGACAUGAGUGCUGUCAUUCCAAAACAAGCUGUCUAUACUAUUGGUUGGGAGUGGAUCUUCCUCAGAUCUCCGUGAUCUGCAGAGGGAAACUCUGCUCUAGUAAGGCAGAAGCUGUGUGUGGGUAAGAGGAACUGCUGGAGGAAUGACACCUCAGCUACCAAGGCGGUUGGGUGUGAUGGGGUCAGUGGGGAUUAGGUCUCUGGAUCCCUCUGGAUUUGGUCUGCUUCCCCUGCCUGGGUAUUUAUUCCCUCAGCUCUGUUGCAGCUUCGUGGUGUCUCCCCCUUCCUUGCUGCUCCUGAGCUGGGAGGGCUCUAGGGCCCAUGUUGCAUGUUGCAGCUGCCUUGUGGGCUGCCAUGAGGAUCCUCCCCUGUCAAGCCUCCUGCCCCUUUAAAUCCGUGCUUGUGCCACCUGCAGGGCUGGGUGCUGGGGAACAGCCAUGUCCAGCUGUUUGGGAAGCUCAUAGGCAGCUGUCCUGAGCGAGCUGGGCCCCAUCUGAGCACAAAGCCUGCCUUGGGUUCUUUAGGCCACCAUCUUGUGGCCCACAGGGAAAGCACAGGGUGUUUGUGAUGAGCCUGAGAGCUGAGAUCAGAAACCACAGGUCUCGGAGAGGAUUUGGAAUGUUUGCAGAUGGGACUGCUCAGCUUGGUUAAACCACUGGGUUUUGAUUCAGAACUACAAGUUGACCUCAGCAGCCUGAGGCUUUGAUCAGCCCAGAAUGCUCAGCUCUGGAGUGUCCCUGCUCAGCUGGAAGUGUCUGAUACCAGCACACUGGGGCACAGCAUAAAAGCAGCUGAGCUUGCUCAGCCCUUCCUUUGGAGGUUUCUCUGCAGCUGUCUACAGAGACUGCUGCUGUCUGCAGCAGUGACAGCUCCCAGUUCAAUUCUUGGGCUCAUCAGUACUGAUAAGAUCCCCAGAUCUGGUCGUCUGAGCCAUGUUUGUCUAACAAGGAUGUAGGAAGACUGUUUCAUGGUUGCUGAUUCCUCUUGUAUUUUCC